GCUGCAAGUCCGCUGCCAGCCAAAACUUUGUUAAAAAUCAGUAGGCCCUACCAAUUAGACAGUUAUGUUCAAGUCAUUACUUAAUUAACACACUCACAGCGAUGUUAUAGAAGACAUGGACUGUGAAUUACAGCGUGCAUAUUUCGCGACACUCCCGCCUUUGAGUCAGUACUCGGGGCAUAUUGUCGCUUCAGUUUUCUAGAGUGCGCGGGUGAAGUACAAACUGUAAACAGCGCCAUUGUUGUGCUAACGGAGGAUAUUGGCUAGAAGAAAACGUUAUAUUUGGUCUUUGUAUGGCUAAAUAGUUAUUUUUUACAUGAUUUUUUUAAGGUGUUCACGUGAGGGCUAACAAACUAGAGAGUAAACGAACACGAAAUGAUUAUUACCUGUUAACUCUGGUCUCGCGGUCAGAAACAGUCGGCUAACCAUACUGUUGAAAUAACGACAGCCAGCUAACACAAAUGGAGAUGGAGUACCCAGUCCUAAAGAGACCCAAGAGGAAGCUCUGUUACAUUACUGAGAAUGAAAGCCCAGCUAAGCACUGGGAAGGUACGUUGACACUGCAAGAUAUUGAUAAGAUCUUUGAUGACAUGGAUUCAGCCUCACAUGCAAAUCUACAGCCCCCCUCUCCUCUGCUCCAGACUUCUGAUUCAGAAAUACACCAGAAUAAGAGUGAGGACUCGGUCCCCCCAGAGCGACAGCUGAUAAAAAAACCUCCAGGACACCAAUUAGUAAUGGGAGAUGAUGGAGAUGUCUUGCAUCCUGCAAGUACUGAACUGGAUAUCGAUUUGGACAUCCCCUUUAAAGGACAUCACCCAGUAAAGACUUCCAGUCCAGCAGAACAAAGUUUGGCUGCUGAAGAAGAAAAGCAAGACGAUGAAAAAGCACAAGUUGUGUCCCCAAUUCUUUUUAUGUGUGAAGAUGAAGGAAUAGAAGAGUUGAAGAAAGACUCUCUACCCACCCAGAAUCCCCAGUGUAAUGGACAAGUCACAGAGGAGAACGGCAAGUCUGGAUUGGAGUCUCCCCCAAGCAAGAUUGAUUUAACAAAGAUAUCUGGCCACAAGAAGGAGAUUGAAUUACAAGGGAGUCAAGAAAGCACACAGCCAGCUGUUCAAACAGUGAGCCGGAAGCCUGAAGUCGCAGCUCCUGUGGCAUCCACACGAGCGGGAAAAGAUAUGACAGCUUUUCUGCAGAAACUGAAACAUGCAGCACAGUCAAAACCUUUCAGGUGA